GCGGCGGCCGAGGCGGAGGGGCGUCAGACGCGCCGAGGGGCCGGCAGGGCAGGCGGGGCAGCCGGGCCGCGGUCAUGGGGGGCUUGAAGGACCAGCUGCUCAAGGCCAUCUGGCACGCCUUCACCGCGCUCGACCUCGACCACAGCGGCAAGGUCUCCAAGUCCCAGCUCAAGGUCCUUUCCCAUAAUCUGUGCACAGUGCUGAAGGUUCCACAUGACCCCGUUGCCCUUGAAGAGCACUUCAGGGAUGACGAUGAGGGGCCCGUCUCCAACCAGGGCUACAUGCCGUAUUUAAACAAGUUCAUUUUGGAGAAGGUCCAAGACAACUUUGACAAGAUUGAAUUCAACAGGAUGUGUUGGACCCUCUGUGUCAAAAAAAACCUCACAAAGAGUCCCCUGCUCAUUACAGAAGAAGAUGCCUUUAAAGUAUGGGUUAUUUUCAACUUUUUAUCUGAGGACAAGUAUCCGUUAAUUAUUGUGCCAGAAGAGAUUGAAUACCUGCUUAAGAAACUUACAGAAGCUAUGGGAGGAGGUUGGCAGCAAGAACAAUUUGAACAUUAUAAAGUCAACUUUGAUGACAGUAAAGAUGGCCUUUCCGCCUGGGAACUGAUUGAGCUUAUUGGAAAUGGCCAAUUUAGCAAAGGCAUGGAUCGGCAGACAGUGUCUAUGGCAAUUAAUGAAGUCUUUAACGAGCUCAUAUUAGAUGUGUUGAAACAGGGUUACAUGAUGAAAAAAGGCCAUAAACGGAAAAACUGGACUGAACGCUGGUUUGUACUAAAACCGAACAUAAUUUCUUAUUAUGUGGGCGAGGAUCUGAAAGAUAAGAAAGGAGACAUUUUCUUAGAUGAAAACUGCUGUGUGGAGUCCCUGCCUGACAAAGAUGGAAAGAAAUGCCUUUUUCUCGUAAAAUGUUUUGAUAAGACCUUUGAAAUCAGUGCUUCAGAUAAGAAGAAGAAACAGGAGUGGAUUCAGGCCAUUCAUUCUACUAUCCAUCUGUUGAAGUUGGGCAGCCCCCCACCACACAAAGAAGCCCGCCAGCGUCGGAAAGAACUCCGGAAGAAGCUGCUGGCUGAGCAGGAGGAGCUGGAGCGACAGAUGAAGGAGCUCCAGGCUGCCAACGAAAACAAGCAGCAGGAGCUGGAGGCCGUGAGGAAGAAACUGGAAGAAGCAGCAUCUCGGGCAGCAGAAGAAGAAAAGAAACGCCUUCAGACUCAAGUGGAAUUACAGGCCAGGUUCAACACCGAGCUGGAGCGAGAGAAGCUUAUCAGACAGCAGAUGGAAGAACAGGUUGCCCAAAAGUCCUCGGAACUGGAACAGUAUUUGCAGCGAGUACGGGAGCUGGAAGACAUGUACCUAAAGCUGCAGGAGGCCCUCGAGGACGAGAGACAGGCCCGGCAAGAUGAAGAGACCGUGCGGAAGCUUCAGGCCAGGUUGCUGGAGGAGGAGUCUUCCAAGAGGGCUGAGCUGGAGAAGUGGCACCUGGAGCAGCAGCAGGCCAUCCAGACGACCGAGGCGGAGAAGCAGGCGCUGGAGGACCAGCGCGCGAUGAAAGAGCAGGCCCUCCAGGAGGCCAUGGAGCAGCUGCGGCGGCUUGAGCUCGAGCGCAAGCAGGCACUCGAGCAGUAUGAGGGAGUUAAAAAGAAGCUGGAGAUGGCAACUAAUAAGACCAAGAGCUGGAAGGACAAAGUGGCCCAGCAUGAAGGAUUAAUUCGAUUGAUAGAACCAGGUUCCAAAAAACCUCACCUGAUCACUAACUGGGGCCCCGCGGCUUUCACCCAGGCCGAACUAGAAGAGAGAGAGAAGAGCUGGAAGGGGAAGAAGACCACGGAGUGAGCGGGCGCCGGCACAGAGGCCGCGCUGGUGCUGUCGGCCCAAGUGUGGCGGGAAGGCUUUCUUUCUGCCCCAGACGGAAGGACCUGGCUCAGCUGCUUCUCCUCUUCUGCCUUCCGCCCUCCUAGCGUGUCAGUACCUAAGGAGGCCUUCUUGCUGAUCUUCUGCAAAUGAGGGCUGCCCCGAAAAGGAAAAAAAGGCAACAUUGUCAAGCUCUUUACUCUUUCUUUGAAAACUCAGCUUUUGAAAAUUCCCUUUAGCUCUCUCAGACUCUCGUGGGAAGGAGGCAGCGCACAGCGCAGCGGCCCGGGGUCUGCACGGUUGGGGGGUGCACGCAGGAUCCCCGCUCAUCAGAACCGCUGUGCAUGGGCCCGUCCUUUCCUUGGCAGCACGGUUCCUUCUCCGAGUACAUGUUUCUAAACUAGAUUGGCCUGUCGGUGUGCCAGCACAUGCCAACUGACGCAGGAGGCCUCUGACCCCUGCUGCUCCGAUGGAGAAGGCGCUGGCUGCGUGGGGACGUGGCCUCGACUGAGCUGUUGUAGUCCGCGUGGGCGGUGUGCAGGAGGCUUCUGUUUAAUUCACGCUCGCACUGACUUCUACCCCGGCCCCAGCGCUGUCUGGGAGGCAGAAAUCCCUUUAACAAUGCUUUGGCUAAGAUAGAGCCUUGUGAAUCAAAGGCAGCCCAGAGGUGAACUCAGUCAGCCCCGUUUGGAAUGACAUUUUGACGUUAACUGAAUUCCUUCUAAUAUUUAAAAUGGUUUCAGCUGUCAAAGUGUGGCAGGCCCCGUGGUUUUCCUUUUGUAGUUACUGUACAGAAGAUUUCAGAGUGUGAAUGUUUGUCAUAAUCAGGCCUUUUCCUUAAUAAAUAGGGAUAUGAUCAUUUAUAGGAAUUAUACAUGAGAAAAGUUUUAAAAGUGUAUUUUUGUGAUGUGCUAUGCUGAGAGGGAACAAGAUAUUUAUAAUUUUCAAACAUUCUUACCUAAAUAUUGUAAAAUGUAAUAAGCUGAACUUUCUUAAAUUUUUGCUAAUUUUCUAAGAUGUAUUAAAAAUGUUUUGUAUUUUUUUUUUUUUUUUAGUAAAAUGGACUCAGUUAGAAAAUAAAAAAUACCAGAAAAGCAGGCAUUUUCAGCUGUCUGAUUUGGUAGAGCAGUAGGGUCAGGUUGUGGGUACGUGUGCACGUUUUCAUGGAAUGAGAUGGACUUGAGUUUAAGGACACUUCCUGAGAACACUGGUUUGGAGUUUGGACCCCAGACCAGCGCUUCACGAAGUUAACUAUGGCUUCAUGUUUGCUGUUUGAGUCACUAAUGUGGGAAACCAUGGCUGAUGUGUCAGCUCACAGACGGGAACUGAGAGAGAUGAUUGCUCCCUCAUUGUUGCUGUUACCUCCAGAUCCUCUUACCUCUGCUUUCCUGAAUUUUCUUUUUAUGCCUUUCGGUUUUUCUUUCAGUUUUACCAGAGUAAACAGAGUGGUUUUUUGUUUUGGUUUUUCAUGGUCACCAAGAUUAAAACGCCUAUUGUGGACUAAGCAGGCCCACUCAGUCCGACUGGAUUGUAGCGUGGGAAGCUGAUCUUUCCCGUCUAGAGCGCGAACUACACUGAUGGGUGUUUUUUUAAACGGUUCUUUGUCUGCUACGGUGAUUCUUAACCGGGGGUGAUUUUGCCCCCCAUGGGACAUUUGGCAGUGUCUGGAGACAUUUUUGGUUUUCACGGCUGGGAGUGUUCCUGGCAUCUAGUGGGGAGAGGCCUGGGAUGCUGCCAGCAUCCUAUAGGUCACAGGACAGCCCCCCAAUAAUUAGGAAGAAUUAUCUGGCCUAAGAUGUCAGCAGUGCCGAGGUUGGGAAAGCUUGCUCAGGGGGAGGCAAGUUCUGUUGUCCAGAAGGAGCAGGCUGUGGAGGCAGGCUGUCCUCUGAGGAGGCCCAGCAGUUGACCUCUGGUGUGACGUGGGCGCAUCUGGAAGGCAGAGAGGCUGUGUGCUCCGUGAGCAGGCAGAGCGCGGAAGGCAGGGCUUGGGUGCGCCCUGUGGGCCGUUGUGCUCCAGAAACUCUCUCAGUGCCUUUUGAAUAUAGAUCCAAUGGGAAUUGCUUUGGCUGUGUUUGAAAAUCUUUCUGUGACGCACGUUGCUGAGGAGUGAAGUGUGCGGGCUGCCGUGACCUUGAUGUCCUCCCAGGAGUGGCUAAACCCAGGGAGGGUCCGUCAGAGCCGUUUGGCAGCGGGUGAGGAAUGAGUGUUCAGAUUUACUGCCCUGCUGGUCAGGGACCUCGCGGAGCACUGCUGCUGCCACACUUGUCAAGGCCUCCAUUGCACCUUCAGGGUGGGGACAGCAAGGCCCAGCUGCCCUCGUGCGGGGAGGGUCACGUUGACCCCGGCCACAUGGAAGUGUGGAAGAGGCGCUGGCUGGCUUUGACCCGUUCACGGGGUGCUGAAAAUUGAUCGAAAGACUCAGCCUUGGCAAUAGUUUAAGGAAUAUCUGUUUCUUUCUUUCUUCUGUCUUCCCCUCUACUUCCUUCUUUCUUUAUAUAUUCAUUUUGAGAGCUGUGAAAGUCAUCCCUCAGCUUUGGGAAGCUAUUCCGCAGUAUCGACUGAAGCUGAAGUCAACGCCUGCCCUGUGGGCCAGCGCUUCCACACCAGGAGACCAACAGGGAGGUCACGGCAGCUUCGUUUAGGGUCGCCCCACCAGAAACACCCAAACGCCUGUCCUGGGAGAACAGAUCAGUGAGUUGUGGUAUAUUCAGACAAAGGAUGCUACACUUGAAUUAUAGUAACGUGUCACUGAGAGAGGCAACGAUGCGGAUGGAUCUCACAGACAUGGUGAGCAAAGAGCCCAAACACAGAAAAUAUACUGUGUGAUUCCAUUUAUAUUAAUUUCCAGAACAGGCAAAGCUCAUCUGUGGAUUUUGGUCAGAGUUGUGGUUACCUAGCUGUGGGAGGGGUGGUUGUUGACUGGAAAAGGGCACCAGUGAAGCUUGGGGGAUGCUGGAAAUGGGCAGUGGUUACAUAAGUAAAAGAUAUCAACUUUACACGCAAGAUUUGUGCAGUUUACUGCUUGUUAACUGUGGAACCUCUGGAAUGCUGGAAAUGGCUAGUCACUAGGGGUCAGCUGGUCCAACACCCUCAC